UCUGGCAGGACAGCCGAGCCCGAACGCUCCUCGCGCGGGGAUGUGCCGUUUCGCUCUUUAAUAAAAAUGUGUCAUUUGCACGCGAGCAACGCCACCAGUUUGACAUUUUUAAUGAAAAAAUGAUGCCUGAAUGUUUUAGGAAAUAGCCUUUAACUGAAUGCGUACAGUGCGACAGCUUCAAGUUUGAGAAGUGGACCCGUCCUCGUGCGGGACGAGGCCAGUCAAAGCUGCCCCGCAGGAAAUCACUCUUGCGCGUGGCUUAAACUGCAGCUUUUUUUAACUGAUAGGAGUAGUUUAAAGUGAGGCGGCAGGAUGAGACGAGGGGACAUCACGUUACCGUGAUUCACAGUUUCCCACCAUGGAGGAGAAGUUCAAUAGACUCAUCUUCAUCCCCAUUGCGGCGGUGCUCUUCCUGAUGAUCGGCUACCAGUACGUGUGCCCGGCGGACAGCAACACAUGCUACUUUAGAAGUGCCGACAAAGGGCUCUACCAGCGGUACUCGUCGGGGUUCGAGUUAGUUUACACGGAGCCGGAGUUGGACGAGGACCUGCCCUCCAAAAUCACGUCCAAAUUUAACUUCACGGCGCGGGACCUGGACAGGCACGUCGACUUCAACAUCCGGGGCGACGACGUGAUGGUGUUCCUCCACAUUCAGAAGACCGGCGGCACGACGUUCGGGCGGCACCUGGUGAAAAACAUCCAGCUGGAGCAGCCCUGCGACUGCAUGCCCGGCCAGAGGAAGUGCACCUGCCACCGGCCCGGCAGAGCCGAGUCGUGGCUCUUCUCCCGGUUCUCCACGGGCUGGAGCUGCGGGCUGCACGCGGACUGGACCGAGCUCACGAGCUGCGUGCCCGUGGUGAUGAACAAGCGGGACAAGAAGAGCGCCCAAAAGAACAAAAGGAAUUUCUACUACAUCACCAUGCUGCGUGACCCCGUGUCACGCUACCUCAGCGAGUGGAAGCACGUGCAGCGAGGGGCCACCUGGAAAACCGCCCUCCACAUGUGUGACGGCCGCCCGCCCACCCAGGACGAGCUCCCCGCCUGCUACAGCGGCGAGGACUGGACCGGCGUGCCCCUGGCGGACUUCAUGAGCUGCUCCUCCAACCUCGCCAACAACCGGCAGGUGCGCAUGCUGGCCGACCUCAGCCUGGUGGGCUGCUACAACAUGUCGUCGGUGAGCGAGCUGGAGCGGGGCCGCGUGCUGCUCGCCAGCGCCAAGGCCAACCUGCGCAACAUGGUCUUCUACGGCCUGACGGAGUUCCAGCGCAAGACGCAGUACUUGUUCGAGCGGACGUUCGGCCUGCGCUUCAUCCGGGCCUUCACGCAGAUCAACAGCACGCGCGCCGCCAGCGUGGGCAUCAGCGAGAAGGUGCGCUGGCGCAUCGAGGGCCUGAACGCCCUCGACGUGGAGCUGUACGAGUACGCCAAGGAGCUGUUCCUCCGGCGCUAUCAGCACAACCGCCAGAGGCAGCACCAGGAGGAGCGCGAGAGGAGGUGGCAGGAGAGGCAGCAGAGGCAGCGGCUGCACAGGACCUAUCUGGCGGAGCUGUGGAGACUAGGAGGAGGAGGGGAGGAAGAGGAGCAGAUGAAGGAGCUGGAGGAGGUAGCCACCACAGAGGACUACAGCAGCCAGGUGGUGAGGUGGUGAGGACGCGGGAACUAAACGACACCGAACUAACUGAUCGCUGUUGGACUCAUUGCGCUUUACUCUCCUCUGCUGUGAAUCUGCCAAAAACCUUCCCGCCCUCAUAGCUCUCAUGUCGGACAGCCGAAUGGUGUCUUACUAUUUAUGAUGGAUGUAUUUGUCAUGGCAACAUUUUGUAUUUUUUUUUUUUGGUUUUUCCUUUCUUAUGGGAAUUUUUGGCAAUGCAGUCGUGAAUUGUAUUUCAUUUUUUUCCCCAUUAGCCUUGAAUGUUCUUCAAAGCUCACGAUUAGUAGAACUGAAAAAUUGAAAAAAAUUAAAAACACAAGGAAGGCCAAUUUUUAACGCGGUGAAAGACCCUGAAAGGACCCUCUGUGUCAUGUUUGUGAUCUCGCGCCGUGUUGAUCAGUGAAAUCUCGUUGUGACUCUGUGGUGUUCGGCUUCGUAAGAAUAUCAAAGCACAAACUUGGCAAAAUAGUCUGCCGUGUGUUUUCUUUCUUUCCUUUCCUUUCUGACUGAUUAAGAAAGGCAAUUUUCCCGCAGGAAAUGUGUACAAUGAAAAUAAAUAUGCAGCCUCCCGUCAUGUAAAUUUGUCCUUGAUGGACUCUCUCUCUGGUCCGCAUGUGUACACGGACGUGUUCUACCUUGCUCCCCCUGUUUUUUGUUUGUUUUCACAGCAUGUUUUCACCAUAAAAAUCUGAAAUCUUCAUGCCGUGUGCCGACUUC